AUGGCUUCGACCGAACUUCCUCUUCAGUGGUACCACAAACCGCCAAGUCACUUAUCAGAUUUGCCAGUUACGAUCGAAGCGAGCUUGUUAAUUGGAUUUAUGAAAUAUUCAGAACUGAUAUCCAAGAUGGCGGAACGUAAGCAUUCUUCGAGCUCCGUUGUUGAGAUUAAUAAUAUAAGUAAUUCUAAACAAUUACAAGCCGAAAACCAAAAUAUAAUGAAGCUAAGCCAAAUGUUGACUAAAAGCGAGGAGAAUUUUCUCUGGAGUGGAAGUAAUAUCCAACUUAAACGGUUUGUCGACGAAGCGUUGCUUCUCAGUGGUAAAUGGACAUCGCCGGGUGGAGAUACUAAGCAAUUUACCAACGAAAGUGUCAUCAUAAAGUGGCAUGGACCAAGCUCAAAAAAGCUAUCAGUUAUUAAAGAUGAUAAUUCCUCGGUCGUUGAUGCCUUAUCAGAUUUAAUAGUAAAGAAAUUGGCCGUAAAUUCUUCAAACACUGAUGACCACGUGGACACAACAACAACAACCUCGAAGCCAAAUGAAACAUGCAAUACGUGUGAUUCUAGAGAUGCGGAAAUUGCGAGUUUAAAAGAAAAAAUUAUCGAGAUGAGCAAUGUUAUCGUUCGAUUGGCAAACAGGCAAAAUGAAAGCGAAUGUCAAACGGAGAAACACUUAAACGAAUCGAAAAAAGCUAUAACCGAGUUAUCUAGAACAAACAACAAAAUGGCGGACGAGAUCGACGAACUUAAAUGU